UCCCUCCAAUUCCCUCAGCCUCAUGGACAAAGUUUUAUCCAUGGAUGACCUGCUGGAUCCCUUCUGUGCUCCGCAGCCGGCGAUCGCCGGCGUUCAGCUAAGCUCGAUGAUUCGGUGCCCGUCUGAGUGGUUAUUGGAGAAUUAUCUUGAAGAAAUGACUGCCGAGGAGGCAUUAUCGACAGCCGAUAAGUCCUAUUCGAGAUUAGAUUCUAAUAAGAGAGUCCCGUCUGCUCAGAAUCUGAAGGCCGGUCCAAAGUAUAAUGCCGCGGUUUCGUCUUUGAAGACAUCGAUUGGUAGGGAGGAUAGAGGAGGAGGGGUGUGGGGUGAGGAUGAGGCGGUUGAGAUUAAGGGGCCUCACGAUUCUGUUGUUGCGCAGAUGGAGCUUUCGACUGCUGAUCCGUUUGAGUGCGUUGCUUUUCUAACGAAGAAGCUUUAUAGCUCCUGUGCUGCAACCGCUGCAAAUUUGCAGGGUGUUGGCAUGAUAUCUCGUAAUUCCUCAACAGUUGAUGGUAGAAUUGAUUCUUCUUCGUUGGGAUCUGAAGCUCCAUUCAAAGGUGGUAGGACAGCUGUUAUUGCUAUGCCCCUUGUGCAGCAUUUUGGUUGUGCUCAGGGUAGAACAGCUACUAGUGAAUCUACAAGGGAGCAAUCUGAUGAAGAUGAACCUAAUGGGGAAGAAGAAAAUAUAGAGAAUAUAGAUCCUGCUAAUGCAAAACGGUCUAGGAGAAUGCUCUCGAAUCGUGAGUCCGCUAGACGUUCUAGAAGAAAAAAGCAAGCACAUUUAAGUGAGCUUGAGACACAGGUUGCGCAAUUAAGAGUUGAAAACUCGUCCCUGUUAAAGCGUCUCACUGACAUAAAUCAGAAAUAUAAUGAAGCUGUUAUGGAAAAUAGAAUUCUCAAAACAAAUGUUGAGACCUUGAGAGCUAAGGUAAAAAUGGCCGAGGAUUUAGUAAAGAGAGUAACAACUGCAGCUUCCUUCGUCAGUUCUCCAUCAGAAAUAUCCUCUGCUGCUGCUGUUCCAAUACAGGAUGAUCCGAACGUCCGCUCCAUUGCUCCUCUGGUACACCAGGGAAUCAACAGCUACCUUCCUGAAGCCACCUCUGCAGCUCCUUACACGGGAAAGAUGUACAGAACAGCUCCUAUGCAGCGGGUGGCCAGCUUGGAGCAUCUCCAGAAGAGGAUUUGUACAGGGAAGAUGAGCUCUAGGAUUUCAGGGACUCCCAACGAUUGCUUUACCACUGCGGACUUCAAACUUCCCUACUAACGUCAUGUCAGGCACAUAAUUAUGAAAGAUAGUUCUACAGGUGCCCGUGGAGAAUCACGGAGAAGUGCGACUUCUUUCGGUGGCAGACAGUCUGGCAUAUUCUACUUCAAACAGUGAUUAUGAAUGGAUGGUAUCC